UGCAGUAUACACUGUAAUCUUGGUCAAUAAUACUCAUCAGUAUUGACUUUAUCUUUCGGUUUCAUGAAAGACGAGAGACUGUGUCUCGUUAUUAUUCUUAUGCAUUAACUCAUCUUGAGUCAUUUAGAGUCUGAUUUGUAUAUAUUGUCUUAUUUGAUCUAUUUAAAAAAUUUAAAUGUCUACUUCAAUUGCUGGACUAGAAGACAUGAAUAUGAAGUCUCUUUUAGCCGGAGGUCGCAAUGUUUUGUGCUUGUUUGAUGUGGACGGAACGCUGACACCCCCGAGAGAGAAGAUCGACCCUGAGCUGGACGAUUUUUUCCAGGCCUUGAGAAAGAAGGUGAAGAUCGGCGUGGUGGGUGGUUCAGAUUAUUCCAAAAUCGCAGAACAGCUCGGAGAAGGAGAUGAAGUCAUACACAAGUUUGACUACGUCUUUGCCGAAAAUGGAACCGUGCAAUACAAAGAUGGCAAACUCAUCUCCAAACAGAGAGAGAAGAUACGAGAGAAGUUUGUGGCGGCUCUGCAGGAGGAGUUUGCAGGAAAAGGUCUGCGGUUCACCAGAGGGGGUUUGAUCAGUUUCGACAUCUUCCCGGAGGGCUGGGACAAACGCCUCUGUCUGGACGUCCUGGAACAGGAAGGAUUGGACGCCAUCUACUUUUUCGGCAACGAAACUUCGUUGGGUGGAAAUGACUACGAGAUCUUCGAGGACCCUCGUACCAUCGGUUUCACCGUCUGCUCCCCUGAAGACACAGCGAGGCUCUGCAGGGAGAUGUUCGUAAACGCUCCACCCAAUGAGGCGUGAAAGCGGCUGCGCCCACUACUGGUCACUGUGGGCAAAGCCUGAGAGCCAUCACACAUGGAGAUCAAACCAAUCCACUGCUGAUCUGCAGACUGAAGGGACUGCAUGUAAAUAUCACUGACAGGGCCUCAUCAGUGUGUGCUCUUAGUUUUUUAAUGUUCAAAUAUUAAUUUUAAAUCGAAAGAUUUCGCCUCGUUUCAUAAUAAAAAGCGUUUUACUGUGGCUACGUUCACACUGCAACAUUUCCGGAGUGACAACUGUUUUUAAAAUACAGUGAAUCCUCUGAAUGAUGAAAGAGUACAGGACUCAAUCCAGAAAUUAUGAUGAUUGACAGUGCACUGUUUGACACCUCAACGCUGUAAACUAGCUUUUAACUCAUCUUUUUAACCGAAGUAACAUUAGCUAUCAGUAAUUAGUAAGAGGCGUUUGCUUUUCUGUUUACCUCGUGUGCUCCGUCACGUAAUGGUGCUUUAUUUAUUUAAAGGAAUUAAACGAUUUAAAGGCAUUUAAGGGAAUAAUGAAAAUUUGUAUUCACAACUUAUUGUAAAAUAAUGCAUUUAAACUGUUUUAUUUUAAAAUAUUCACGCAUCCACUCCACAGAACUGCUCGUUUUGUCAUAUGGGCUAUUACAAAAUACAUUACUCGAAUGCAUGAUUUCUUCAAAACUAUGAAAUCUGACAAAACGUUGAGUAGUCUGCAUACGUGCGUAAUACUGUCGUUCGAUUAGCAUUUCUGUCCUACAACGGUUGACGGAUAUUAAUGUUUAGCUGUAGCCUACAUCUUACGUCACAUUUUUCAGCCGUUAAAACUGAUCAGCUCGGCUUCUUUGAACGGUAAACCCCGCCUCCUUUGAUUUGAUUGGCCAUCUCAAUCAUUUGACAUUGAUGAGUGCCUUUAUACGCAGACCACAAAAAAUA